CCUGUUGAUAUCAAUGGCAACAUCCGAGAUUAAAGCGGAAUUACCGAAAGAUGCAGCACCUGAAGGAGACCAGGAUCAGUCCAGCCAGGAGACAGCCCAAAGAUCUGAAGAAAAGCCGAACCAGGUAGAAGCUAGCAUAAGCCAGAAGAAGCUGUACGACAUCGGCCGCAUACGAGAUUUCGACAAUGUGCCCUAUUUGAUAAAGCGAAUGGAGCCGCAGGAUAGCACCGUGACCUACACCAAGGCUGUGGAAGGUGUGGUGGAACUACUGGAGUUCUUGCGCCGUCACCACAUUCCAGCGGGAUCAGGAAUAGCCCUUCGGAUUACACAGCACACGCCAGCAUCGUGCCUUCUUAUCUUAGCGAUUCUCAACCACGAGUGUUACUUCUUUGCCACGGACAAGAUGCUGCUCUCCGAGGCGCUGCAUGACCAGAUGUGCGCUGCCGGCGUCGACUACUUGCUGGUCAGCGAACAUUUAGCCGUGGGGGCUUUGUACUUUCAGAGACUGGACAGUAUCCAGGUACUCAACGAGGAAUGCAAGCUGUUCAAACUGAAGCGCACCGACAAAAGUCCCAAAGUACGCAAAGAACCCCUGCCUGCCAAUAUGUGCUACACCAUCACAACAACCGGCACGACGGGGAAACCCAAGCUGAUCCAUGUGCCCUAUGAAUGCAUUGCUCUUAACGUAGAGUCCUUAGGUAACCAGAAGCUUAAUGUCUCGAUGGCAGACAUCAUUUACCUGGCACUCCCUGCACCUUUAUCCUUCGUUGUGGAGAUAUUUCUGGCGCUUCAAAAUGGUGCUGCCCUGCUGAUCAGUCACCACUCGAUGAGGGAUUCCCCGAGCCGGGUGCUGAACGCCCUCUUUCCCGUCAACAUGACCAAGCCCGGCAUCAGUCUGCUGCAGAUGACACCGUCAUUGUUCCGCCAAUUCGGAAGCACUGCCAUUAGAGAGCGAGUUUUGAGCAGCACUAGCUCAUUGAGAGUUCUGCUUCUUGGCGGCGAACCCUUUCUCAAUGCUGAGCUCGUCACUUGGAUGGAACCGCGUGUCUUGCUGCAGAAACACAUUUGUAAUAUCUAUGGAAUUACGGAGAUAUCCUGCUGGAGCCUUCUCCACAUCAUUCAGUCCCUGCAGGCUCCUGUACGACUGGGUACGCUUAUCGACGAGGAUACCGUGUUGCGUAUUCAAUGUCAGAGCGAAAAGAAUUUGGACUAUGGCGAGCUAUUCCUGGGCAGUAAGACAAGACGUUGCUAUAUACCAGAGAUCGAUGACAAGGAGGAUUUCGAAGAAGAAUCAGGCAUUUGCUUUCGAGCGACGGGGGAUCUAGUUAACCGCUUGGAUGAUGGCUCCCUUCGCUAUGGCGAAAGAGCCAACGAUAUUGUCAAGAGGGCAGGGAAUCGCAUCAACUUGGGUCUAAUCACCCGCAAAAUAGAAAGGUGCUUGCUAAGCGGCGAAUUGGCCACUUGCCUGUGGCUGGAGGAUUUGCAAAAGCUAAUCUGUUGUAUUCGUUCCCUCGAGCCCAAGACGAAAGUCCAACAACGAGCCCAGACCUUUGAUAUCCUGUCCAAGGUGUCCAUGGCCGAGCAGCCUGAUAGGUUUGUAUACCUCCAGCACUUUCCCUGCAACGUCCAUGGCAAGCUGGACAAGGAGCUGCUGCUUAAGGAAUAUCCACUGGCUCAGCCUGCACAGCAAAUAUUAAAGAGUUAUCUGCACGACAGACUGGAGUGUGUGGAUAUACACGACGACCACUCGGGGUCAACGAAAAAGCAGCGCCUGGAUGAGGACUGCCAAAAUCCCUGUGGCUAUGAGCUAAGCUUUCGCCAAGCCGGUGGCACUUCCUUCCACGCCAUCACGAUCUGUCGUGAAAUUGGUCUACAGAUGUGCAUUGAUGACGAGCAGCGCCAUUUGUUCGAAAUGUUGCUGGACGAGAACACGCCGCUACGCACCGUCUUACGGUUCCUAGACACGGCCAAGUUGGUAGCCAACAAUGUCAAACUAAAGCCUGUGGAGCCACUACUAACGAAUCAGCCCAGUAGUUGUGGCACCGGCGCCUGCGGCCUAGUAAUCAAGCGCAUUGAGCAGCCAAUCCUCAAGUUACAGUACCACUGGAAGGUGAACUUUGAAAAGUGCGUGGACUCACCUGUGACGGAGUACGAGGGACGUUACAUUUGCGUGGGAGCCCAUUCGAAGAUAUUGCGAACCCUGGAUCCACAGACCGGCAGAGAGUUGAGUAUUCUGAGGCUACCCGAUCGCAUCGAGUGCAAGGUGACCUUCCUCAGCGAGCAGAUGGCAAUGGUUGGCUGCUACGAUGGUUGCCUGUACGGUUUCAAUCCUCAAUCCGGUGAUAUAUUAUGGCGUGUGGAGAUCGGAGGCAUGAUCAAAUCGCAGCCACUUCUCUCAAUCGACGGUUGUCGGAUCGUAGUGUGCAGCUAUGCGGAAGACUAUAAUGUGUAUUGUCUGUCCGCUGAGCGACAAGAGGUUCUCUGGUGUCUGAGGAUUGGCGAGAAGCCCAUCUUUGCCAGUCCUUUGGAGCUACCGAAAGAACAAUCUUUGAUUCUAUGCACGCUGGACGGCACCUAUGCUCGUGUGGCCAUCACAGAUGGCUCUGUGGAAUGGACGCAGAAGUGCCGGGAACCAAUCUUCUCCACACCUGUCCUGCUCGAGUCACAGUCCAAUAUUUUUCUUUGCGCUGAAGUGGCGGGUCGCGUCCAUGCCUGCCAUGUCGGAAACGGUAAAAUUUUGGCUACUUACACCGCAGAAGGCAACAUCUUCUCAUCGCUGGUGGUGAAGACUCCACCCACAUUUAUGGGGCAAUCUUUUGUUGUGUUCGGUUGCAUCGAUCACCAUGUAUAUUGUUUGCAGUGUAAAACUGGUUCGGUCCGAGGAUCAGUUGACUUGGAACACUGGAAGAUAAAUAUCGGCGCUCCCGUUUAUGCCACGCCAAGUCUGCUAACAGUUCAGCCAAAUGGUCUCCUGGUUUGGUGCAGUGCCACCAACGGUCGCGUUGUCCUCCUGAACUUUAGGAACGGUGAAAUCCAGUGGUCAGACAAGCUCCCAGGCGAAGUCUUCUCCAGUGCAUGCUACAUCGAGAGCUUACGAAGAGUGUAUGUGGGUUGCAGGGACAAUUUCUUGUAUUGUUGGGCAUUUAGAGGCUUAGAGGCUUUAUAUUCAAAUUCGGUGAUAUUUUAUAGCCAUUCUUACAUCACAUUUUUCUAUUAUCAUAAAAUGUUAUUGUUAUAAAUUAUAACUUGUAAUCAGAACUAAAUUCGUUGAUCGAUUUAAAUAGUUUCCAUGAAGCUUAGUUAUAAUAGACUCGAAAUGAGUUCUGUUACUGAAAUAUUUAAUUAUUAAGCUCCAAAAUAUUCCAUGUUUAAUUAAAAU